AUGGGUCGCGUCAAACAUAAACAACACGUCUCACAGAUGGUCAUCCCAAUAAUCUUCUCUCCCUCUACGCUGUCCGAACCCUCCCUUUCAGGCCCACUAGCACGUAUAUCCGACUCUGAACUCCUCCUGCUCGAAUUCCAAGGGGAGAUUCAUGUCGAUUCCGAGGAAGGAGAUGUGAAAAGUGGUCAACUAGUAGGAACACUUACUAUCGAUGAGGGGCUAACCCGCCCUGCCCUCCGAAUAGGCCACAACCAACUUGAAGGAAAACUCGUCACGUUGGCGAAGCCCCUUGCUGUGCUUCGAAAACAAAGACCAAAACCUCAACCUCAACAAAACUUCCCGGACGAAACGAAUUAUGACGAAAACACUGUGAAUUUGGAUCAGGAAGAGGAACUCGAGAAUAUGAAUAUGGUGAUGGCCACUUCGCUCACCCCCCAAGCCCCAACAGAAUGGCACGGUAUCGCACUUAUCAGACGUAAGAUCGUCUUUUCGAAACGGCCUAUGCCGAUUGUUGGGAUUGGGAAAACGUCGAGUCUGGUGUGAGGAGAAGGGCAUUGCAGGCCUUUUUGGAUGGCGAAUAGAACAGAACGGCGAGACGAGAGCCCGGUGCACCACGUAAAGGUCGGAUUCGAUUCGCUACGCCGUACCUUGAUAUUGUAGUCUUGGAUUGCGGCAAGGUGUUGGAUGAUGGCAUGAGACGAGGCAAAGGGACCCCUUGGACCGUGCUGAAAUGAAGGAAGAGAUGACGCUGCCACACAUAUGGACGAGCAUGCAUAAUGCCACAGCCUCUCUUCAAUGAUGGAGGGUUUCCACUUACUGUAAGGUCCUCAGAAGGAUCGGGAUUCGGGGUUGAAAGAUGAUCAAACGAGACGGGUAGUGACUCUGAGACGAUAGGUCGUUUUUUAUUCAUGACUUGAUACAUCAUUUUCCCUUUGUAGACGUCGACAAGAACCAAUCAUGAUCUGACCAUGCAAUCGGCUACCUCGGUAUAGAAUGGGAAGAAACUGUAGUCCAGUACAUCCAUGAAUCCGUAUCCGAGCUAGAGCUGCUCGAUAUGCA